AUGCAUGCGUGUGCGUAUGCAUGGAAGAGUGUAUGCGUUUCGUAUACAAAGCCGUGUCUCUCUGGCUUACUCUCGGGAUUGGUUGCGACCUUAUGUGUGUAAAUUAUUCCAACACAAAUGUCGCUUGGUAGAUUUAUUUAACUCUCAUAGUACGUAGACACUCGCGAACUCGAUGAGUUAACAUUCGUGCUUCGAUCGAGGACGGGCACAUAAUAAUCUAUCUGUCUAGUCCAUUUUCGACUUUGGCGCGCAUUUAAUGUCUCGUUUGUCAUUGACGUUGAAAUAAAAAGUUUUGUGUUUACAUUGUUAUUCAAGAUUUGUGGUUGCUCAGGAUUAGUUCAGUGAAUAGGCAACGAUAAAAAAAGUACCUAUCGUUCACGAGAAUUAUAUAUAUUAUAAGAAAUUCUGUUGUAGAAGACUGGGGCAAGUUGUUACAUGGGAGAAAAUGCAAAGUGGCAGUAAUUUGAACCAAUUCAGUGACGAUGACUUUUUCAGUAGUGGACCGUGUCCAUCGUGCAGAUUGGCUAUCAAUAAGGAAACCGGUAGACUCAAAUGGUGUACUGGCGGAAGCGAAGCGCGACGUUUUCGUGUCAAACUCAUGCUCCUUAUACCUGCCCUGUUGCUACCAAUCACCAUAGUGUUUAUCGCUUUGUCACGAUUUCAAGUUACAACCAAAACCUCUGACUCACACGCGGUUUCUAUUUACGAACAACAGGAACAGGAUAAAGAAAAGAUCGAAGAUGACGUCUUUUGGUCUACCACUCGCAAUGGCGUAGAACGUAUGGCAGAAGAAACCGAAGAAGAGGAUCGAUUUUUGCUUCCCGAUAUGAAAACGAGUUACGUGCCUGUAGAUACGCAUCCUCCAUUUCAAUCGCAAUCGCCCCAUCGACGAAAAAGAGACAUCGACGGGGAGAAUUACACGAGGGAUGGUUUCAAAUUGGACAAUCAGGCGACGUCUUCAUCUCAUGCACACGCUCGUUUAGCUAACGGCAAAUUGGCAGAAUCCUUUUUAAGGGAAGAAUCAGAUUCAAGAAUCAGGAAAAGUGGUAUGGCGGACAGUUCCUUUUUGGCUUCAGACAACGUGAGGCUGUAUGACAAAAUCGACAAAAUCAAGGUGACGAAUGGUGACACGAUCGAAAACAACGUGCAGGACAUUGAAGAAAAUAAUUUCUUAGGUACCAAAAAACGAUCGAAGGAGGAAUUGACAAGAAUCCAAGAGGAAGACUCGUUCUCCAUUUUCAUUAAUAAAACGUGGUUGUCGAUGGCCGAUGGACACAUUGCAAUUAAAAAUGAUGAAAUGCCUGAUCUUCGUACAUUCUGGAAAGGCGAAGGAAAUAAAAAAAGUAUCAGAGAAGCCCAAGCUCGAAUAAUGUUGAAAUAUAUGGAUAAGAGCGUGGAUCCGUGUCAGGAUUUCUAUCAAUACGCUUGUGGUAAUUGGGCGAAACGAAAUCCUAUUCCGAAAGACAAAGCCGGCUACGAUACUUUUGAGAUGGUCAGAGAGUCAUUGGAUUCUGUACUGAGAGAAUUGUUAGAAGACCCGAUAUCACAUGACGCCGAUGAGAUAGAUAGCGACGAUGCUAUGAUAAAGGCGAAACAUCUGUUUCAAAGCUGCAUGAAUUACGAGAUCUUGGAGCAACGUAUGGAACGACCACUUAUCCGGCUUUUGGAUCAACUUGGUGGUUGGCCAAUUUUAAAACCAAAUUGGGAUCCCGACAAAUUCGAUUGGCUUCGCUUGACCGCACAACUUCGAUUGUACAAUAACGAAGUAUUAAUCUCAGAAUGGGUAGGUCCAGAUAUUAAAAACAGCGACAAGUACGUGAUACAGUUUGAUCAAACAUCGCUUGGACUUCCUACAAAGGAUUAUUUUCUUCAACCAUCGAACGCGAUUUACCUCAAGGCAUACAAGGAUUACUUAAUGGGAAUCGCAAUCUUACUUGGUGCAUCUUCAGAUAAUGCGACCAUUGAUGUCGAAGAGCUAAUCGAAUUCGAAACGCAACUCGCGUCAAUUACAUCGUCACCGGAUGAAAGACGAAAUUCUUCAGAGCUCUAUCAACGAAUGAGUGUAGGUAAACUGAGAGCACUUGUGCCACAAAUCGAUUGGUGUCUUUAUUUGUCGAUUGUCUUGGCUCGACCAAUACAUUUUUUCGAGCCAGUUGUCGUUUUUGCAUUGCAAUACAUCCAAGAUUUGGUUGUUUUACUUUCAAAGACACAACCUAGAACAGUGGCAAAUUAUCUUUUAUGGAGGUUUGUGCGACACAGAGUAAACAACUUGGAUGAUCGUUUUCAGCAAGUGAAACAAAAGUUUUACUACAUUCUAUUCGGUAGAGAACAAGCACCGUCGAGAUGGAAAAAUUGCGUAACCCAAGUCAAUUCUAAUAUGGAUAUGGCUGUUGGUUCGAUGUUUGUCAAAAAAUAUUUUGACAAAAACAGUAAAAACGAUACAUUAUCGAUGACUCGAGAGAUACAGCGAUCCUUUAGAGAGUUGCUAGAUAAAACUAGUUGGAUCGACGACGAAACAAAGUGCUUGGCGACUGAAAAAGUAAACUCUAUGUCGCUGAGAAUCGGCUAUCCGGACUUUAUUCUACAACCACGUCUACUGAAUGAGCGUUAUAAAGAUGUUGUAAUUCGACCAGACAAAUACUUCGAGAAUACUUUAAAUAUCUUGCAACACUUAACCAGAGUCGAACAAGCUCACCUUGGCAAUACUGUCAAUAAAACUUUGUGGAACACGAACACUGCUCCAGCGGUCGUCAACGCUUACUACAGUCGCAAUAAAAAUCAGAUAAUGUUUCCAGCGGGCAUAUUACAGCCACCUUUUUAUCAUAGAUUUUUUCCACGAAGUUUAAAUUACGGUGGGAUUGGUGUCGUAAUUGGACACGAGAUUACUCAUGGAUUUGACGAUAAAGGCAGAUUGUUUGAUAAAGAUGGGAAUCUUUAUAGAUGGUGGAAAGACGAGGCGGUUGAUGGUUUUCAUCGACGAGCACAAUGUCUGAUUGAUCAAUAUGCAAAUUAUACCGUGACAGAAGUUGGGAUGCAGAUAGAUGGUGUUAAUACGCAAGGUGAAAAUAUUGCCGAUAACGGCGGUAUUAAACAGGCAUUUAGAGCGUAUGAGAGAUGGCUACGUUCAAACGAAGGGGAAGACGAAACUCUACCCGGAAUGACUAUGACGGGUAAACAAUUAUUUUUUCUGAACUUUGCUCAAGUGUGGUGUGGUUCGAUGCGCCCCGAAGCGACAAGAAAUAAAUUGAAAACAUCUUUACAUUCACCCGGUAGAUUUCGAGUGAUCGGCACGCUUUCCAAUUCGAAAGACUUUGCUCAGGUGUUCAAUUGCCCUCUUGGUUCCCCUAUGAAUCCUGUGAGCAAAUGCUCGGUAUGGUAAAAUGCGAAUGUGUGUGUUGUGUGCGCGCGCGCGCGUGCGUGUGUGUGUAUCAGAGGAGUGCGAAUUAAGCAUUUGUAAAAUCGAAUGGGAUCUGAAAUCUUUACACCGAAUCGAAUUCGAAUAAAUUUUUCACACUCUCUGACGUCAGCUAAGAAAAAAAAUCUUAAAAAGCUGAAAGGAACUCAUUUUGAAUGUACAACAAGUAUAUCGAAAAGUUAAUAUAUGACAUAAAUAUACUAAAAAUAAUACUUUUUGGUAAUAAUACCUGUAUGUUGAAAAUGGCUGAUUUUCUUGUUUAUUUAAAAAGAUCUGGAUUGAAAACAUUCGUACUCUAAAUCGUAUUCAAUAGUAUUCAAUAGAUCGCAACUAAUAGAGUCCAAUAAUAACUGACGACACGCGAUGAUUAAGCGUACGCGCACGAAAAUUGAUACACGCUGAAAAUUAUAAAAUUAGUCGCAGAAGAUAGAUCUGUUGCACACAGGUCGCAUCAACCAUCAACGCAUUACGCGUGGCAAGAGAGGACGUCAUACACAGGACGCGUUAGUAAAUUAGACUUUUUCCGAUAAGAGUCUAAUUUAGCUAUCGCGUCGUUUCUUUCCAUGCAUAACGCGUCCUGCGUACGACAGACUAUGUAUAGAAAAGAAGAAAGCGCUUAAAUGAAGGAAAUAAAAUAGGCGAAUGUUUCGAACUACCGAUGAUUCGAACUUUUGAACUUUUCGGUUUUGAAUCUCUCUCUCAGAUUCGAAAAUCGAAUCUCAAAUUCAAAAACAAUCGAAUCCACUGUGAUUCGAUUUAAAUUCAAAUUAAUUCGCAUACCUCUAAUAUAUGUACAUACAUGUAUAAUACGUGUAUAAUACAACACAAUUUCUACAGAUAUCGAUACGAUUUAUCCCUAUCACAGUAUUCUCUCAUUUGUUAUGAAUGACACAAUGCAUUCUCAAGCAUGCUCCUUAAGAUUUCUAGCAUUUUCUAGAAAUGUAUAAAAUAAUGGAGAAAUA